AUGUUGAAGCCAUGCUGGGCGGAAGUCCUCCUCGGCCUCACCGGCCGCGACUUCACGCUCAUCGCGGCCUCCAAAGCCGCCAUGCGCGGUGCCACGAUCCUCAAAUCCUCCGACGACAAGACCCGCGCCCUCAACAAGAACAACCUUAUGGCCUUCUCUGGUGAAGCCGGCGACACGAUCCAAUUCGCAGAGUUCAUCCAAGCCAACGUCGCACUGUACUCGAUGCGGAACGAGGUCGAUUUGGGCCCCGCGGAGGUGGCGGCGUUUGUGAGGGGAGAGCUGGCGAAGAGUUUGAGGUCACGGCAUCCGUACACGGUUAAUUUGUUGUUGGGGGGCGUGGAUCCGAUCAGCAAGGAGCCGAGUCUGUAUUGGGUUGAUUAUCUGGCGAGUAGUGCGCGGGUGCCGUAUGCUGCGCAUGGUUAUGCUCAGUACUACUGCCUCUCAAUCCUCGACAAGCAUCACCACCCAGACAUCUCCUUCGACCAAGGCAUGAAGAUCCUGCGCAUGUGCACAGACGAGUUGCAGCGACGGUUACCCAUAGACUUCAAGGGCAUGACGGUCAAAGUGGUCAAGAAGGACGGCGUGCAGGAGAUCGAGUACGAUACCAGCAAGCAGGUCUUGAGCGCUUGA